CAAGCGCAGUGGCGCACGCGCAGUUGUACUGGCUGCGCCGGCCGUCUCCCUUCUGUCUCUUUCAGUGUGCGCGCGAGUAAGAGAGAAGCGAACGUAGAGGACGACGGAGACUAUUCGGCAAUUGCUCCUUCUCAUCCCUUACUCGUUUUCCCACAUACGGAGCGAACCGACGAGCUGGGGGCAGCAGAAGAAGCGGUAGGACACGAAGCGUUCGGACACGGCCUUGAGGAAGCGUUUAGGCAUAAGGACCGAGAGUGAGGCCUAACUCGGGGCCCAGCCGGGAAAUGGGACCGGUUUGUGUCAGGCGAAGAGGAAGCCGCCAUCCCUGGUUUUAGGAACUCGUGGAAGCAACAGCUGACAGUCCCAGCCGAAGGAACUGUCUUAUGUGAAGAGGCAAAGGCCGGCAAGAGAGUCUAGUCCUACCGAACCGAACCUGGCAAGGGGCCCCAAUGGCGACUGCUUCUUUCUCCUCCACCUCUUGGGCGCCUUGACGGAUUCUUGUUUGCCGGAGAGAGAUACCGAUGCCGAGUACCUCAGAGGCGGCGACGUCCGGAGGCGGGAGCGGUGUCCGGGCCUGGGCCGGCGGCUCCGAAUCGCCAGCGGCAGAAAAAAAGCGUUUGCAUCACCGGCGGCGGAAGCGCUACGCUUCGGCGCAGCCGCCCCCGUUGCCUCCGUCACCUGUGGCGGGCCCGCCGGCACCUUCGCUGCUGUUCCCGCUGCUGCAGCCCUCGCUCCUGCAGCCGCCGCUGCCGCCGCAGUCUCUGCUGUUCCUGGCGGCCACUGGCGGCGCCGCCUCCUCCUGCUGUGGGGAAGGGGGGGAGCGGAAGCGACCGCGAGGCAAGCGGCGAUCGGGGUCCAAACGGCGGCGCGGCAGAUCAGGGGGUGCAGGUGGCGGUAGCUCAGGGGCGGCUCUCGCAGCCUUGGAGCGGCGCGGGACUGGGGCGGGCUUGGGGCCACUGGUAGAGGCGGCGGCCGAAGAAUACGACGACGUAAGCUCCCAGUCGGAGGGACCGGUGGGAGGCGGGACGGCCGGGGUAGUGAGCGGCGGAGGGAGUCCAGCGUCCUCCGGUGGCGGCGGGGGCAACCAACAACGCUCAAGCCGCGGUGAGGCGGAUCGGAGCAUCCGGCGACCGCGCAGGGAACACCGCAGCAACAGUGGGCGUCGCUCUCGGGAGCGGCACCGGGAACACCGCAGGCGGGGGGUGGACAAGGACAAGGCGUCGUUACAGCAGGAGGGGGUGGCCGCGGCUGCCAGGGGGGGAGCCGAGGCCUCCUCUUCUUCCUCUAAGUCUCGCAGCCGCCACAAUCACAGCGGUGGCCAGGACCGAGAUGGCUCCCGGAGCGGCGGCGGCGGCGGCAGCGACGGCCGCAGGAAGGGCUCAGCUGCGUCGCCUAGUAGCAGUCGGAAAGACCGGGAAAAUAAAAGCCACCGGAACCGGACGAAAACAGGCAAAGAGCCUCCCUCAGCUUACAAGGAACCGCCUAAAGCCUACCGGGAGGAUAAAACAGAACCCAGGGCGUACAGGCGGCAACGAUCAUCACUCAGCCCUUAUCGAGAUGACAGCCCAAUUAGCCACAGAGCUUCACAAAGCCAACGGAAUCGCAAGUCUCCCAGUCCCCGUUCUUCUCUUAGCCCUUAUUGGCGUCGGUCACCCAGCUACAGCCGGCACAGUUCUUUCGAGUGUGGUGGGGAUGUAUCACCGAAUCCUUACAGACGUCGCUCACGCAGCCCUUAUAGUCCAGCCAUCAGCAGAAAAUCAGCAAAAUCCAGAAGCAGAAGUCCUUACUCAUCCAGACAUUCAAGAUCUCGUAGUAGACACAGAUUGUCAAGAUCCAGAAGUCGGCAGUCCAGUAUUUCUCCCAGUACUCUGACUCUAAAAAGCAGCCUGGGAGCUGAACUGAACAAGAACAAAAAAGCCAGGGCAGCAGAGGCAGCUAAAGCCAAUGCUAAAGUUUCAAACACCUCUACACCUACUAAGGGAACUGAUAUAGGAAUUGCUGUACAACAAGUGAAUAAUGUAAAGGAAGUAAAAAAGAUAAAAAUAGAAAAUAUAUCUUCCCCUUCAAAUAGUUCAACCUUGAAAAAUGAUAAGACAAAAACAAAAGUUUCUGUUCAGGAAACUAAAGUGGAAAACAAUGUGGUUAUAGAGAAAGUGGCUAAACAAAACGUUUUAGCAGCAAAAGAAAAUAAAUCAACCAUUGUUAAAUCAACAACACAACCUGUUGUAGUAAAAGAGAAGAAUAAGCCUCAUAUCCUAACUGCAGCAUCUAAGGAGAAAGACUGUAGUGUUGCACCAAUCACUUCCACUCUGCCACCCCUGCCUUUUCCUCCUAUGCUGCCUGAAGAUAAAGAUACAGAUUGUUUGCAAGGUAACAUUUCAGUAAAAGCAGUGAAAAAAGAAGUGGAGAAGAAAUUACGCCAUUUGCUUGCAGACUUGCCAUUGCCACCUGAGUUUCCCGGAGGAGAUGAUAUAUCUCAAAGCCCUGAAGAGAAAAAGAUUCUAGUGCAAUCACAUCAUAAAAAGAGACCAAAGAUAUGUGGACCGCGUCAUGGUGAAACAAAGCAAAAAGAAAUUGACUGGGGGAAACGUUGUGUAGAUAAGUUUGAUAUCAUUGGCAUUAUUGGAGAAGGCACAUAUGGGCAAGUUUACAAAGCAAGGGAUAAAGAUACAGGGGAAAUGGUGGCAUUAAAGAAAGUACGGUUGGAUAAUGAAAAAGAAGGUUUUCCUAUUACAGCUAUUAGGGAAAUAAAGAUUCUUCGACAACUAAAUCAUCCAAGUAUAAUCAACAUGAAAGAAAUAGUGACAGAUAAAGAAGAUGCUUUAGAUUUCAAGAAAGAUAAAGGUGCUUUCUACCUUGUAUUUGAAUAUAUGGAUCAUGAUCUCAUGGGGCUUCUGGAAUCUGGCUUGGUUCAUUUUGAUGAAAGUCAUAUUAAAUCUUUCAUGAGACAGUUGAUGGAAGGCUUGGAUUAUUGCCAUAAGAAGAAUUUCUUACAUCGAGAUAUUAAAUGUUCUAACAUCUUACUAAACAACAGAGGGCAGAUCAAGCUUGCAGAUUUUGGUCUUGCUCGCCUGUACAGCUCUGAAGAGAGUCGUCCAUAUACCAACAAAGUUAUCACUUUAUGGUAUCGUCCCCCUGAACUUCUGCUAGGAGAGGAACGAUACACACCUGCCAUUGAUGUCUGGAGCUGUGGAUGUAUCCUGGGUGAACUUUUUACUAAAAAGCCAAUUUUUCAAGCAAAUCAAGAACUUGCUCAACUGGAACUGAUAAGCCGCAUAUGUGGGAGUCCGUGUCCUGCAGUAUGGCCUGAUGUUAUAAAAUUGGCAUAUUUCAAUACCAUGAAACCAAAGAAGCAAUAUCGUCGAAGACUGAGGGAAGAGUUUGCUUUUAUUCCUGCAGCUGCACUAGAUCUCUUUGAUUACAUGCUUGCUCUUGAUCCCAGCAAACGCUGCACAGCAGAACAGGCACUUCAGUGUGAAUUUCUGAGAGAUGUGGACCCUUCAAAGAUGCCUCCACCAGAUCUUCCUUUAUGGCAAGAUUGCCAUGAACUGUGGAGUAAGAAACGUAGAAGGCAAAAGCAAAUGGGCAUGACUGAUGAUGCAGCUAAAGUUCCAAGAAAGGAUUUAUCUUUGGGGAUGGAUGAUAGCAGAGCCAACACGCCCCAGGGUUUACAGACCUCUUCACAACUGAAGAUGCAGAGCAACUCUAAUAUAGCACUUGUGAAAGCAGGCAGUGGUCAGCCACUAAAUCAAAAUGAAGUGGCAAUUCUCCUAAACCUGCUCCAGUCUAAAACUAGUAUUAAUAUGGCACAAUUUGCUCAAGUGCUGAACAUUAAAAUGAAUCCUGAGACUGAGCAACAACUGAAUAAAAUAAAUCUUCCAGCUGGCAUUUUGGAUAUGGCUGAAAAACAGUCUGAACAACAACAGCAGCAGCAGCAACCGCCGCCGCCGCCACCACCACCACCGAAGCCACCACUGCCUCCCUCACCAGACCAAGAGCCUUUAAAACAAACAGCAACACCACAGUUUUCUGUGCAAGCCACUCCAUUGAUCCAAUCUAAAGUUGACCCAGAAGUUACCCGAGCAGCUGUGCAGAGUGCAUUUACAGUUUUGUUAUCUCAGUUAUUAAAGGCUCAACAAUUGAAGCAAAAAGAAAAUUUCCUAGAAGAAAAGGAAAAUGGAUCAGGAAAUGACAUGUCAUUACAGUCAAGACAGCCUCCAGAACCAAGUACACCAGCAUCUGGCAAUUGGGAAAAUACAGAAUCUCCGGCAUCUGUUUAUCCCCAUCUUAUUAAAUCAUUAUACACAUGUGCAGGACAAGAUGACUUGGUGAGACCCCCUGAAAUGAAACCUCAAACCCCAGAAGAACGUCCUCGUAUCUUGCCACCAGAUCAACGACCCCCCGAGCCCCCUGAACCACCACCAGUUACUGACGAAGACCUUGAUUAUCGGACAGCAAAUCAAUACUUACCUUCAAUUAGUAGCUCUUCAGGGAUGGAUCCUCAUGCUGGAGUAAAAGCAGCUCUUUUAGAGCUGCUGGCUCAUCACCAAGCUCAAACAUCUGAGAAACCAGCAACAUCUAAUGUGAAGUUCCAGUCAAGAGACUCCUUUGUAACAGGUCCAGACUAUAAAGAUAGUUUUGUAUCUACUACAUUCUCUUGUGCCCACUAUAGUGGUAGUGAUGGAAUAGGAAAUAUAUCAUCUGGAACACUAGAAAGGGCAAAUUUUGUUGGAAAUUCAGAUGUUCAAUACUUGGAGAACUAUAAUAUUGCUUCAUCUCAUUCAAAUAGUGCCCUUCCAACUCCUGCCUUUUCAGAACCAUUUCAUAGCUCAGUAACUCAUUAUGGAGACAUUUAUCUCAACAGUGGUUCCAUGCUAUUUAGUGGUGAUAAGGAUCAUAGAUUUGAAUAUAGCCAUGGUCCCAUCACAGUACUGGAAAACAGUGGCGAUUCAGUUGGAAGGUCUGGGUCUGAAAGUACUCAUUCUCAUUCUUUGUCUUCAAAGAUGCAGAACUAUAGCUAUGGAAGUAAUUUACAAGAACCUCCUGCCAGUGCCAGCCACAUUCAUGGAGAAACUUGGACUUCUCCUGCUCAAGGACCUGGAUAUUCACAAGGAUACAGGGGACAAAUUAGUACAUCCACUAUCAGAGGUCGAGGCAGAGGAUUGCCAUACUAAGCUUCUGUUCUUUCCCCCUUCCCCUUGGCCUUCAGGCACGUCAUUUGUAUCCUGGAAAAACUUUUUAACUGUGAUUUCAAACAGCAAUCCAACAGACUUGAAUAAUGUUAAUUCAGCAGCUUUAUUUUUAUUCAGAAAAGGGUCUUGCAUACAAUAGAAAAUUGCUCGCAAUUCAUGCUGUUCUGAAAAUCCAGAUAAUUGUACAUCUUUCAAAUUCUAGCUAUAAAUUUUAUAUUUUGGCAGUUCUAAGUCAAUGCUAAAUUUAGAAACAUCAGCUUUUUAAGGCACACUACUAAGAUCUGAACUAUGCACACACUUUGUGCUUUUUUUGUAAGUUUGGACCAACUUUUAUGUAAAAAAUUUUACAAAACCAAAACAGGGCACUGAUUUAUUUGGUAUUUCUUUUUACAAAACUACCUUUAGUCAAUAAGUCACUAUCAGUCUUCGCACUGCUUUCAGUGUUAUCUAUGGAAAGUGUUUGUGCUCAUUUCAGACAAUAAAAUACAGUCACCCUUGAUACUAUUUAUACAUACUUUGACAUUAAUUUGAUUUACUUUCACAAUUGUUUGUCUAGUAAAAUAUCCAAUCCAUCUUCCCAACAUUUGUAUAAGUAUCUGUUUUACUUGAAUGGUAAGUGCCUUAAUGAUGUAAUCUUAAGGUCUGAAGAACAUUUCAUUAAAUUCAUAAGGCUGUUUGAAGGUAAUUUGUAUUUUGGUACAAAGUAUUAAUAUUUACAUGAUACCGAUGCUAAUUUAAGGACAAAUGGGACAGAAUAGUGUCUUAGGAGUUUUCAUAUCCUAUUAGGUGAAAUAUUUAUCUUCUUUUUUUCCAAAAUUAUAACCAUUCCCAUAUUUAAUUAAAUGAAAUUACAUGAGAAUGUAUGCAUAAUAAUGAAAAAGAUAGGUUUCCUUCAAUUUUCUGUACCCUUUAACUACCAAAUAAACAUUAGUGUCCUGUUUUAUUCAAAACAGUCUUUAUUAAAAACAGAUAGCAUUUUGUCACUAUCUUCUAAUAAGUACUUUGCUCAUUUUAAAUGUAGCUGCUGUAGAAUGUAACUUUCGUUACAUAAACAAUUAAUGCAACUGAAAUUUAAACAAUUUAAAUUUAUAGAAAUUAGGAUGGUGCCAAUCAGUUCUGUAUUAUAUUAUUCUACUAGUCUAUUCAUUUAAUUUGAAUAGGUUUUUAAUUCAUUGUAUCUUCAAUUGCAAAGGAGGGAAAACAAGGUCCCCAAAAAUCAAUUCUGGCUUCUGGAGAGGCUUUCUGGGAUUAUAUAUUUGUUUCUUGAGAAGAAGAGAAGCCCCUCCCUGUAGACAAGCCACUGGCUAUGAUUUCUCUGUACUGAAAUGUUUUUAAAUGACAAUAUUGAAAAAAAUAUUGGCAAUUGGCAAGCUAAUGCAUACAUGUACCAGUGGCUAUUUUCUAAAAAUAUAAUUACAUAUAAUUUACAUGUACUCUCAGCUGAGUUUAUUAGAAGCAAUUCAACAAAUCACUGCUUCUUUUUUUUUUUUUAAAUGAGUGAGUACUGCAUUUGUAGAGUGUCAAAUACAUGUGAACUUUCCUGUAAAUACAACUAUGGUCAUCCUCAAUAGAGAACUCCUGAUUGAAAAUAAAAACAGCUAAACUGGAAUAAAAUAUUUUGUAAUUUUAGCUGUUAAUGUUGAUAUUUCAGAUAAAAGAACAGUGGUCUGGAAUGGGUGUUUCUGAAUAACCUUGUUUAGUAAAAGUAAACAUCAACUUCAAUAUCUUUUUGAUAAAAAUUUGUUUGAUAUUCAGAUUUUGGAUUAAAUUCCUAGUGAUCCUUUUGAUUGUU